AUGGGCUUGAGGCACAAGAUGAGAUUUCCCAUUCCCACACACCCUCCCAUGUUCUCGCUCAACUCUUUCUCGAGAGAACGACAUAGAUCACCUGCACCACCACCUAUUGAUCUCUCCGUCGACUCCGGAAGAGAAGCAGAUGGACAAAGUCGGUUUCCGAGUCCAUCUCGUAUACCUACUGUCCCACCUCCACCUUAUGAACCCAAUACGACUGAUGCGACAACUUCGAUGGUGGAUGACAAAGAUCUGAGUCUUAUCGUCAUGUUCCGUCAAGACUAUGCUCAGGCUCGAUUAUAUGUGAGGGAAAUGGAUUUUCGGAUGGCUAUGCGGAAAGCUCUCAGGAGACAUCUUUACAAAUGGUACGCUCUAGCAGUCAUCAUCAUCUCCCUCACCGUCCUCCUCUCUGCGAAACACGAAAGCAUCGUCGAUUUCUUGAAACCUGUCACUCAGAAAAUCCGAUCUUGGCCGAUGGGAUGGCUCGUUCCUCUAGCCUUACUCGUGGUCGUCAGCUUUCCGCCUUUGUUAGGACACGAGCUCAUCGGGGUUCUAUGUGGUCUGGUAUGGGGUUUAGGAAUUGGGUUUGGGAUCCUGGCUGCAGGGACCUUCUUGGGAGAGAUCGCUGUGUGGGUGGCGUUUAAGUGGUUCUGUACUGCUCGAGCAAACAAAUUUGAGAGAAAGAACAAAUUAUACGCCAGUUUAACGCAACUCAUCAGAGAAAAGAGCUUCAUGUUUGUGCUCGUACUACGUUUCAGUGCGGUCCCAGGACACAUCACGACUGCUGUGUCUGCAUCCGCCGGUGCAAGCUUUGUCGCUUAUCUAGCCGCUGCAUUCCUCACUCUACCUAAACAACUCACCAUCGUCUACCUCGGCACGGCUUUUGGUCAAAAAUCCACCAGAAACACUAUCAUCUCAGUCAUGACCACCGGUUUCACCCUUGUCGCCACCGUUGUCGCCGCUGUCUAUAUCUACUACCAAAUGCGUCUGGUCAUGCGUCGUCAAGCUCUUACCUUGCCUACUACCGCCCCUUGUCAAGAAGUCGCAGUGGAGAUCGCUCAGAUGCGUCUCAUGUCUGAAGAUGUUGAUCGUCGUCUCAAUGCCGCUUUACAUGCUCGAAAACCUUGGCUCUUUUCUGUUGACUCGUAUGCCGAUUCCUCUUCCAUCAAUUAUGGUCAACGAACUCCUCAACGGGCUUGGUCCAUGCCACAUCAUAUGAGCGAGGAUGAGUUGAGGGAUUGGCACGAUGAACUUCGUCUGGCCCUUGGUUCAACCCAGGAAGCUUCUCAGGUGGCGGGUGGAACGUCUGUAUUUUUGGAUGAAGAUGUUCCACAGUUGGAGUAUGUCACCAGACCAAAUAAGUCGAACCGAUCAAUCGAUAUAAACAAUUCUCAUCAACAAAAACAUUCAAAUGAUCCGGACGAUAUUUUCGAUCUUGAUGAAAUGGACAAAAAGUCUUCAGUGUUAUUCACGGUCAAAGAUGUUGAUGCUUCCUCGACACCUUCCAUUUCUCCCUCAAUUUCUUUCAAACCCCUCCUUACUCAAUCGUUACUUUCUCAUCCAAACGUCGGAUUAUAUCCACCUUCCCCUUCACUCGGUGCAACUCCUUUACUUGGUCCUAUACGUCCAGGCUUCUCAAGACCAGUGAGCAGUAUAGGUAAAUUGAGCAAAGAGGAUAUCUAUCCUUCUCGUGCGGCUAGUUUGGACGGUCAUAGACCCAGUAGGAACGUAAUGGGUGGGAGGGAUAUAGCAGAUGAGGCGGAUUUAUAUGCCAUGCGACAUGGAGCUAGAAGACCUGAAUAUGGGAGAAGUAGAGGAGAUUCCAGAGCGGCAUUAUUAGGGAGACCGAGAGCUGGUAGUGAUAUCUCUUCAAUUGGCGAUGAGAAUUUGUUGAGUGUUUCUCUUUCAUCUGCCGCGGGUCCAAGUGGAUUAGCUGUAGGAGGUAGGAGUAGGAGUGAAUCAGGAGUUGGGGUAGGAGGAAGGAGUAGGAGUGGAUCAGGUGUAGGAUUGAUAGGAAGAAGUAGGAGUGGAUCAAAUACUAGUAUAUUGGAAUUACCACAUCCUGUAUUGAUACCUAUCCCUAUGAAGGGGAAAGGUAAAGAAAGAGAAACAAUCACCGAAUUGCUCCUUCCGGAGUUGGGUCAUAAUGUCUUAUCUGAUUUAUCCAAAAGGGAAGAAGAUGAAAUAGCCGUUGUGGAUCACAAGAUUAGGCAAUCAAUUUUCGAUAUCAGUGUUGAUCAUGAAUCUUUGGAAACGGACAGUGGGUUGAGGAAAGGAGAUCAAGAUGGGAAAGAAGAGUUCGGACAAAAUGGACAUUUGUUCGAUCGGAUAGAGAAUGAUCAGUCAAAUGAACGGUCGACUUCGGUUCCUUAG